CCGAGCAGGGGUGCGAUAGACAAGCUGGUAGAAAACAUGUAGAAAGCGGACUAUUUAAAGGCCGAAUAGAGAUAGUGAGACGCACGCGGCGCUUCGCCUGCACAGCACUGUGAAGCUGUGGAGAACACGAGGACAGCGAAUGUGCAGCUUAAUAGGCAACUUAAACCAACACUUUCGCAACCCUCUCGACCCCAAAGCAAACACCCACUGUCGCAGCUACCAGCACACGCCUCUCAAUCUUGCGUGGAGUGAAUCUGGUUCAGACUGUUCAACUGGUAUUGAGGGAUAUCUCCUGGAUGCAUCGUCCCGAAGCUGUCCUGUGAGUCAGGAUUGAAUUACGCUAGAUAGGACCUCUCGUGAGCAAUCCAUCCAGGGAUCUAUACCCCCGCAAGACAACCAACUCUAAUCCAAAGAUACAACAAGCUGCUCUCGCGCAUAUAGUCCACAAUUCCCUCGAUCAUUGAGACCCCCAAGCGCCCACCAUAUCUUCUCC